AUGGCUCAAGAAAAGAAGUCCGAAUUCACCGUCUCCUACAGCUCCCCCUCCAACGAGCCCUUCGCCAUCACGAACAGCAUCCCGGCACCCUCCACAUCCUCAGUCCAGGACAAGACCACCUACCUGAGUGCUCUGCGCGAGGCCGUCACCUCCGCCCAGGACCAGAUCAACAAGGAGCUCACGGAUCGAAUGGAGCAAGACAAGUCACGAGCGACCGACGGCAACCCAGCCGCCGCCAAGGGCGUCGACGAAGCACUAGAGGAGGAAAAUUACGGCGAGGAGGUCCAGGGCGAGGACUGA